AUGAACGGCCUUAUUGAGGCGCUGCACAUAUACGACGAUAACAGGUUCGAAUACCAUGACCCAUUGACACCUUCUGCCAGUGCUAAGAGACCUAGGAAGCCCAUCUUGUCGCAUACCUACACCGGCCGACCUCUCUCCGCCAAGCACCUGCUGCCCCUCUAUCUCGAGCACCCAGUUCCCAGGCCGAACUUGAUAUAUCUUCCCAAUGCCAGUCCGGCCACUCUCAUCUUCAGUCUAACCCAUGCGAACCUUUUAUUCCUAGCGACCUCUUCUACCGAAAUAGAACCGCUUCUUGUUAUCGAGUUUCUCCACCGCGCAAUCGACGCCUUCGAAGACAUCAUUGCCGCCCCGCUUCUCGCGUCCGAGAUUGAGAGGAACUACCAUGUAGCGGCACAGAUUCUCACGGAAAUGUGUGACGCGGGGACGAUAAACACUACCGAGCCUAAUGCUCUGAAGGAAAACGUCGAAAUGGAGGGCUUGUUGGACAAGAUUUUCGGUGGCUUUAACUUGCCUAGCAAAACACCCAUAAGCUUAAAUUUAUCCAAUACGCCCGCCUUACCGUGGCGAAGUGCCAACGUACGACACACCUCCAACGAGAUGUACGCCGAUGUCAUUGAGACUCUUUCUGUGACUCUUGCGCCGUCGGGACGGCCGCUGGCAGCAUUUGCAAAUGGGUCCAUUGUGUUUACGGCAAAGGUUUCCGGCGUACCGGAUAUUACUGUGAACCUGAGCAGUCCGUCGGGGAAGCAUAAUGUUGGCGGCAUCAUGGAGCUGCCCGUUUUUCACCCGUGCGUUCGUCUGAAUACAUGGAAGGAGAGGCCGGGUGAACUGAGCUUUAUACCGCCUGAUGGCCGGUUCAUCUUGGCGGGGUACGAGGUUGAUUUGCUGCCGUUUACCAGCGGCAAGAGUGGAAGUUUAAGCGCGAAUAAUCUCAAGCUACCUGUCAACUUGGAGAUGAAGACCGGACUGGGCCCUGCGGGGUUGGAGUUUGAAGUCAGACUGCAAGUGAACAAGAUUCUUGGCAGCCAGUCUACCUCUGGUCCCGGCCAAUUUGGACGAGGAAUCGGGUCAGGACGAGUUGGACCGCCUCAUGCGGGGUCACCUGGCGCGCCGCUGCUAGAAGGGCUCAGCGUCACGAUCCCGCUACCCGAAGACGUGAGAAACCUCUCCGAUAUUCGACCGAGCAGAGGAGACGCCAGCUUCAACCCCGGAGAAAGAGUUCUCGAGUGGCAGGUCCCCACCAAGGAGCUAUCUGGAUCGACUUCAUCGCUUGCACUCCGCUGCACAGUGGUUGGGCCAAUAGAUGACGAAGUACAGGACUUUGACCCCAGCGGGUUUGCAUUCAACCAUGACUACUCCUAUAAUGAGCCAUAUCAAAGCGCGCCGGCCAAGGCGGGAGGCAAGACGGGUAACAGCCACGAGCAGGACGCGAAGAAGGUGGCGCAAAACAAGAUUCUGAUGCCGAGCUCAGCGUCAGUGAGCUUUACGGUGAAGGGGUGGCUUGCGAGCGGAUUGAAGGUGGAUAGUAUUUUGCUGGAUUCAAGGAAAAGUAGGGGCAUGGCUGAAGGCGUAAAGCCGUACAAAGGGGUCAAGUAUCUGACCGUUAGCAAGGGGGGCGUAGAGAUGCGGUGUUAG